GACCACCCCCUUUUUUGUACGGUCCCUUGCGCCGGCGACGACCAAGGCACGCGUGGGGUCAGCCUUAGUUCACCGCCAGUUCUGGCUGCUUCGCUGAGCAAAGUUCACAAUCAACAAGAUCAUUCGUUUUAAGCGUCGCUGCCUUGCACCGAUCUGAAUCAACUGUGAUCCCCAGACAUCAUGUCUGCACCACAACCCCCAGCAAUCAAAACCAUCGAGGGAGCGCCCAAGGAGUCGGCCCUGCGAGCCCUCAUGCAGCGCUCGGGCUACCCCCUUGUACAGGAAAACGGGCAACGCAUCUUCGGCCGCCCACCGCCCGGAUGGGAGGGCCCUGCCCCACAGCGCGGCUGCGAGGUCUUCGUUGGCAAGCUACCCAGAGACUUGUACGAAGACGAACUGGUACCAGUCUUUGAGACCAUCGGUAAGAUCUAUGAAGUGAGACUCAUGAUGGACUUCAGUGGGUCCAACCGAGGCUACGCCUUUGUCAUGUACACCAACAAGGAGGACGCCAAGAGGGCCGUCAAGCAACUCAAUAAUUAUGAAAUCAGAAAGGGGAGGCUGCUGGGGGUGUGUCCCAGCGUUGAUAACUGCCGCCUUUUCGUGGGCGGGAUCCCAAAGAAUAAGAAGAAGCACGAAAUCCUAGAAGAGAUGUCAAAGGUCACAGAGGGCGUGGUCGACGUGAUUGUCUACCCCAGCGCGACUGAUAAAACCAAGAAUCGUGGAUUCGCGUUUGUUGAGUACGAGAGCCACCGGGCGGCCGCCAUGGCGCGCAGGAAGCUGAUUCCAGGCCGAAUCCAGCUGUGGGGGCACCAGAUCGCCGUGGACUGGGCCGAGCCGGAACCCGAGGUGGACGAAGAGGUCAUGAGAAAAGUAAAAGUGUUGUACGUCCGUAACCUGAUGGUCACCACAACGGAGGACGACAUCAAACAAGCCUUCGAAGUGGGCGAAGAGGAAACAGUGACAAGGGUGAAGAAGAUCCGGGACUACGCGUUCGUCCACUACAAGACGAGAGAGGACGCCAUCGCAGCCAUGACAGCCAUGAACGGCAGCACUCUUGAGGGUGCCAAGCUUGAAGUGACCUUCGCUAAGCCAGUGGACAGGAACACGCGUCUGGCUCGUCAGGCCAUGAACGAUCAGAACUUAAUGAUGCCCGGGCCGUUCCUCCCACCGAUGUUUGAUCCUCUAGCAGGCCACAUGAUGGGCGGUCUCGGCGGCAUGCCACCUAUGGGAGGAAGGGGACGAGGGGCUGGAGGGAUGAGGGGAGGGGGUGGUCGUCAGGGGAUGGGGAGGGGGUUCUACACACCCAGGCCACCAGCCAGUUUUAACGCUCCCUACAUCCCCCCUCCGGGUAGCCCCAGUAAGUCAGCCGUGCAGGUGCUAGAAGAGCUGUGCAGGAAAAACCAGUGGGGAAACCCCCAGUACACCCUCCACUCCACUCACACCUCAGGGCAGAACUUCAGGCAGUUGUUCCUAUACAAAAUCAAUGUCCCUGGCUACAGUUCGGGUUCGCCCGGCCCAAACACCCCCUUCACACCGAACAAACUAGCCCCAAACCCAGACGACGCUAAGCAGUACGCGGCAGAGUAUGUCCUUAUGCAGCUCGGACGAAGGUAGACAAGGGAGGAUUGACAAGGCUAGGUUGUUAUAUGCUGAUUUAUAGUUGAUUUUUUUUCAAGAACUUGUAUGUCAAAACAGCAUCCCAGGCUUGAGCUCACGAGCCAAUGGGCCAAACGCCCCCUUUACAAAAGUAGCUCGCAAUUCAAAACACAGAGUAUAUGCUGAUGCAUUUGGGUUGAAGGUAGACAAGGAUAUGUUGUUUGAUAUAUUAUAUUGAUUCAAGUUAAUGUUUUGUGAGAACUUAAAUGUUGAAAGUUCAAGUUGAAUUCAUAACGUUAUGAUUGUAGUCUUGGAAAACGUCCUAGGAUGGACAAUUUUCUCUUUAUAUUCAACAAAAAUUAUAGUAUUGUUCAUUCAAUGUACUUAAACAUGUGGCUUUGCCCCAAAUAUACACACUUUUUCCGUUAUUUGCCAUCACUACUAAAAUAUCACACUGUCAAAGAAUCGUUCUUUAGGUUUGGGGGUUUUCUUCGCAAGGUAAAAGAGUUAUAACUGCCACAAAUAUCACAGUAGACUUGGUGACCGGUUUGAAAACCUAGUCUCGCAAUUCUUGAAAAAAUGUAAAGUGAGGUAUGAAAACGAUUAGUCAUAAUGAUCUUAUUGGAAAAUACGUUUUUUACUACUUUUCAAAAGUGUAUUUUUUAAGGCACUGAGCUGGAUUCCAAGCUGGUCGUCAUUUUAACUGUGGUGUCAUCAGAGGACAUUGUAUUGCUGUUAAUGCUAAAGAUUUUGCGUGAUUUUAUAUGUUUGUGAUUUUUUUCAGCAUCCUUUUCAUGACAGACUUAAAACCAAAUUGAAUGUUCUGUCUUUUACAAAAUCUCCAAAAAAAUGAUUUACUCUUUUUCGCUGGCAAAAUCAAACCUUCGCAAAGUUACAUGCAGUUACAAUAUCUUUGGACCAAAACCUUAAGAAUCCACUUGUAUGUUAUUGAAUAGUACUAGUGCUCAUACUAUCAAUUUUGUUGAAUAUAAUCAGAAAAUGUGCUUUCAAUUUGUUUUGUACAACUUUUGAUUUUCAUUUUGACACGCAGGCUGGAAAGCUACUGAUGUAAAAGUGCUGGAAGUUUAACAGGUUCACAAUGUUACCUCACAAGAAAUAAGUAGGUUAUGUUCAAGUUGGAAACUGAUUUUGAACAAGAAUUAUGAAAAGUAUACUAUUGUUAGAUAGGGUAACAUCCCUAGCAAAUGUAACCCCUUGUCAAUCACUUUAAUGUAUCUAAAUUGAUCAAACUGUUGGACAUAACAAGUGAGAAGAAAAUCACUACAAGUCAAUCUACAAAAAGAAUUAUUCUAAGAGUGUGUUUGUAAGGCUACAAGCAUUUUGGAACCAUGAAAAGAAUUUUCUGUUUGACAUGGUGAAUGAGGAAAAUUUAUGGCAAAUCAAACGACAAAUAAAAGACUGUCCUAAGAGUAUCUAUUUGCAAGGCUGAAGAAAUUUUAGAAUUAUGAGGAAAGAAAAGAUUUUAAUUCACGAGUUGAGUGAUUUGGCAGUUAAGGUUGCUAUGCAAAAACAAAUACCUCAAGAAAUGAAACUGAAAAUCUCGAGUAACGGUACUGUGAAAUCAGAAAUAUAUGCAAUCAGUUUUAUGAAGUUAAUAAAGUUGUUUCUGUGUUGGAAGAAA